CAAUUUUCAUAUAUUAUCUUUCUUUGUUUUCACUAUCAUUAUCGAUAAUUUUUUUUGUUGUGUUUUAUGUCUCAUUCGUUAUCAUUACACAAAUACCAAUACCAAAACAAAUUUAAAUCUUGCCAUAAAAUGCAAGCAAUAGUCAAAAACAAGUCAUUUGAUCCAUACUAAAAAAAAGCGAUUAGAGAUGGCAAUGGCCAUCACUAUUCUGAAUGGCAAUCUUAUGCCAAGAAUUCGUUUAAUCAUCUUCAUUUGUCUUGGUCUUUGGGCGUUAUUAUUUUUGCUGAACAGUUUUUCAUUAGUCAAUCGAAAUCUGAUCAAUUAUUAUUCCAUUCAAUAUAUGCCAUUUAUUAAUGAUACUACAAUUGUUGUCGAUAAAAAUGGAAACGUCACCACCGAGAUUACAUAUCAUCAACUCACCCAAUAUGUUCAAUUAUCAUCGGAUAAAGUACAAAAUUUCCGAAUUAUCCUUUUUUGGACCAAAUACUUUGACCAAGACUUAAUGUAUCAGAUGAAAAAAUCAUUGAAUGGUGACACGGAAAAUUUAUUGUUUCGACCAAAACCAUGUUAUUAUCGAUAUCCGAAUUGUUUAGUCACAACCAAUCGUGAUUUCAUUGCAACAGCCAAAGUAAUCAUCUUUCAUUGGAGAGAUUUUCAUUACAAUGAUUUACCUACACGACGAAACUCCAAUCAAUUAUGGACCAUUUAUAAUUUAGAAGCUCCACCUAAUACGGCGCUGUUACCAGAUAGAGAUGAUUUAAUUUUCAAUCUGACCGCUACUUAUCGUCAUGAUUCAGACAUUUAUGUGCCAUAUGGACAACUAAUUGCUCGUAAUCAUGAUUUUGAUUUAGAAUCUAACAUUGAUAUUCGAUAUAAAAUCAAACCAGUCGUUUGGUUUGUCAGUAAUUGUCAUACGCAAAGUCAUCGAGAAAAUUAUGUUCAAAAAUUAUCACGAAUGGUACAGGUAGAUAUUUAUGGUAAAUGUGGCAAAUUUCAAUGUCCACAUUCACAUGAAUGUUAUCAAAAAGCAGCACGUGAAUAUUUAUUUUAUUUAUCAUUCGAAAAUUCACUAUGCAAAGAUUACGUAACUGAAAAACUGUUUAAUGUAUUAAAUUAUGACAUUGUUCCUAUUGUUUUCGGUGGUGCCAAUUAUUCUUCUAUAUUACCGGCCGGUUCGUAUAUCGAUGCCACACGAAUGAAACCAGAAACAUUGGCCCGUUUAAUCAUGAAAAUAGCCAGUAACAGGAAACUUUAUUUAUCCUAUUUCGAGUGGCGUAAAAAAUAUUCACUCGAUUCAGAAUCAGAUAUGAAUUCAAAUUUAUAUUGCCAACUCUGUAAACGUCUAGAACAAAAUGUAAUCAACGAUAAAAAUACAUUCCAAACCAGCAAAGAGAUCAACCAUUGGUAUUUCGAUGAUGCUUGUCGAAAUCCAGAUAUUUAAUUAUCCAGUCUUCUUGGUGAAUUUGUAAUUUUUAAAUUUUUCUUAAGCAUUAGUUUGAAACCAUUCUAGUCUUUCUUUAUGUUUUUAUAUUCAUGAUGAUGAUCAAAUAUAAAUUAUUUUUAAACAUUUAUAA